ACCCGUUCUGAAGUGAACGCCGACGGCACUGCUUCUCCUCUGCUCAUACUCCCGAGUCCCAAGUCUGAACAAAUAGAAGGUUCCACGACGAACACUGUCUCCUCUCAGCCUCAGCUUCUAUGUCACAGGCAAGGCAAGCUCAUGCGCGCAUCCUCAAAACCGGCGUCUCCAAUAAUAUCCACUUCUCCAAAAAGCUUUUCCCUCUCUAUUCCAAUCGCCAUUGUUUUUCAGACCUCGUCCUUCACUCCACAUCUGUGCCCGAUGUCUACUCCUUCUCGAGACUCAUAUUCGCAUGUACUAAAUCCAAUCUUUUUUCCGAGUCCCUUCGUUUCUUUUCUCAAAUGCUCUCCCGUGGCCUCGCUCCGGAUACUCGCGUUCUACCCAGUGUGAUCAAGGCUUGUGCUUCGACGACGGCGUUGAGAGUGGGAAAAAUAGUUCAUGGUAUUGCUUGUGUAUGUGGGUUUAGUUCUGAUUCUGUAAUUCAAUCUUCUUUGGUUCUAAUGUAUUUGAAAUGUGACCAAGUAAAACAUGCCCGCAGGGUGUUCGAUGAAAUGCCAUUGAAGGAUGUUGUAAGUUGUAGUGCUUUGCUUGCGGGCUAUGCGCGCAAGGGUUGCGUAGAGGAAGCGAUUGGGCUUCUCUUUCAGAUGGAGAAGUUGAGUGUGGAGCCGAAUUUAGUUUCUUGGAAUGGUCUGAUUGCGGGGUUUAGUCGUAGCGGGCAUUGUAAUGAUGCUGCAUUCGUGUUUCAGAAGAUGCAUUUAGAAGGAUUUAAGCCUGAUGGGACUACUAUUGCUAGUGUACUUCCUGCUGUAGGUGAAUUGGAAAAGUUGAAUACGGGGAUACAGAUUCAUGGCUAUGUGGUCAAGCAGGGUUUGGAGCAGGACAUUUGUGUUGUUAGUGCACUUAUAGAUAUGUAUGGAAAGUGUGGAUGUGAGCUGGAGAUGUUAAAAGUUUUAAAGGAAAUGGAUCAGAUGGAUACAGGGGCUUGUAAUGCUCUUAUUACAGGGCUCUCCAGAAAUGGCUCUGUUGAAAAAGCGCUUGAGUUGUUUAGACAAUUUAAAGAACAAGGAGUUAUCUUAAAUGUUAUAUCUUGGACAUCAGUGAUAGCUGGUUGCUCCCAGAAUGGGAAGGAUAUGGAGGCUUUGGAGCUUUUUAGAGAGAUGCAGAAUGCUGGGGUGAAGCCAAACUCUAUAACGAUUCCUUGCUUGUUACCAGCUUGUGGAAAUAUUGCAGCACUGAUUCAUGGGAAGGCAGUGCAUUGUUUUUCUCUUAGAUCAGAAAUUUCAAAUAAUGUUUACGUGGGUAGUUCGCUAAUUGAUAUGUAUGCAAAAUGCGGAAGAAUUCACAUGUCUCGACUUUGUUUUGAUAAGAUGCCCGUAAAAAACUUGGUUUGUUGGAAUGCUAUUAUGGGUGGGUACGCGAUGCAUGGAAAAGCUAAGGAAGCAAUAGACCUUUUCCAUUCAUUGCUAACCAGUGGCCUGAAACCUGACUUCAUUAGCUUCACUUGUGUUUUAGCUGCGUGUAGCCAAGGUGGCCUAACAGAUGAAGGAUGGCAUUUUUUUGAUAGCAUGUCAAGAGAUCAUGAGAUUGAAGCAAGGAUGGAGCACUAUGCUUGCAUGGUAACCCUUUUAGGGCGUGCAGGGAAGCUGGAUGAGGCAUAUAACAUGAUUAAGCAAAUGCCAUUUGAACCAGAUGCCUGCAUUUGGGGAGCUCUUCUAAGUUCUUGUAGAGUCCAUAAUAAUGUACACUUAGGCGAGGUUGCUGCAAAGAAACUCAUAGAGUUGGAGCCAAGCAAUCCGGGGAACUAUGUUCUUUUAUCCAAUAUCUAUGCUUCUAAGGGUAUGUGGACUGGAGUAGACACUGUUAGGAAUAUGAUGAAGAGCAAGGGUUUGAAGAAGAAUCCUGGCUGCAGUUGGAUUCAGGUCAAGAACAAAAUGUACAUGCUUCUUGCAGGCGACAAAUCACAUCCACAAAUGACCCAAAUCAUUGAGAAGCUAAAUGAAUUGAGCAUGGAGAUGAAGAAAUCUGGAUACUUUCCAAGUGUUGACUUUGUAUUGCAAGACGUGGAGGAGCAGGACAAGGAGCAGAUACUGUGCGGGCACAGUGAAAAGUUAGCUGUUGUUUUUGGGCUUCUAAACACUCCUCCCAGGUCUCCUCUUCAAGUAAUAAAGAACCUCAGAAUAUGCGGUGACUGUCAUGCAGUUAUAAAAUUCAUAUCAAAGUUGGAAGGUCGAAGCAUAUUUGUGAGGGACACAAACAGGUUUCAUCAUUUUGAAAAUGGAGUUUGUUCUUGUGGGGAUUAUUGGUGAACGCUUUUCAGGGCAGUUUGAGGAAAGCUGUGAUGAAUUGAAAGAAUGCAGGACUCAUAUGAUUCUCAGUCCUUGACAGGGGUGUACAAAACGACAGGAUGGAGACCGGAAAGAAGUAUAUGCACCAUAAACUCGAAGGUUAGAGAACCAAAUCCGUCCCUCAGACAAGAGGUUAGGGACCUUUAUUUGUUUUGGUUUUACCUUUGUCCCAGAAGAAAGGAUCUCAAGACCAAGUUCCGACCUUGGUGGUUUAGAAAUGAAAGUUCUUAAUGCCUGUUAGCAGUGGAAUUUGGCCUAAUAUGGCUUUUACUUAGCUGCAGGCACAAGCAAACAAGCCCAUGAAGUCACUCAUUUCUUGCGGCUUGUAAACCCUGAAGUUCAUAUGUGUAAACAAAUUCAUGACCUCUAAUUCAAAGAAUCUAGUUAUUCUGAUGCAGACUGGAAUUUAUUGUGUAAAUUCUGGAUUCUUUAUCACUGGAUCUGAGCUAGAAUCACUUCUCAGUUUAGCGCGAAGGAUUUUGCAUAUUGAGAUAUGUUCAAUGACGAAGGACUAAAUUAUUGUAUCUGUGAAGAAGUGCUGAACUGCACAGGUCAUGUACAAAACUUUAUCAACUGCACUUAUUAUGCCUAUUUUCUUUUCUCUGUAUGUUCAGCUACAUUCUUUUUGGCAGUCAGAAUUGUUUUAUAUGCAUGAUUUGGGGCAUCCUUGAACCCCCUAGUUCCUUGUAGUAAAUCCUCCUUGGUUAUCGUGAGAUGAGUUUCCACUCAUAUCCAAUACCGUAGCUAUAUUAGGUUGUAAUUAAAAAGCAUUCCCUUGUCACCCCAGUCGUGAAUCAUAGAUAAUUUCUAUCUUGUGAUUGAUUCAACUCUAUUUUACUUCUAUUCUAUUCAUGGAUCUUAAUUAUUUGAUAUGUA